UUUCUUUCAUAGCAAGUGAUCUUCUAAGUUCCUUUGUUUGUCCUUUCCAAAUUUUACCCCUCCGUUGGGUUCCAUUCUCUCACGCACGGGUCUUUUUUCUUCUUCUUUUUAUUUUUUAUUCUUUUUUCGUCAACCGAUUUCAUUUGUUGUUCUUAUUGUGCUUUGUUACCAAUUGUGCAGCGAAAUGGCCGUGGGCCAAGCUGUCUAAUGGCAUCCUGAGCUUCCGCCCAUAUCACGAUUCCUUCUUGACCAGCUGCAAAACAAACCUGCUGCCCGCCGAAAAACCAGGUUCCGAGCCCUCUAGGUAUCGCAUAACUCCUGAACCCGCAAGCCCCCAUCAGUACAAUGCCUUCGUCACCCAAAACCCCCGCAGCAACCGGGGGCAAGACGCCACAGACGCACCCUACGGCGGCCAGCAAAACCAGCCCCCCGGCGACGCAAGAUUACAAGGCCAUCGCCGCACAGUUCGCCGCCGCAAAGAAACUAAAGGAAGCAGAGGAUGCCAAGGCCAAGGCGCGGGCAGAGGCCCCCACACCUGAACAGAUCGAGGCGAAGUCUAGGCUGAAUGCCCUCCAGAAAGAACAGGCAAAGUUGCGAGACGCGCUCGAAGGGCGGCGCAGGGCCCGCUUCGAGUCCCGGUGGACUUGGACGGUCUGGUUCUGGGUUUGGGUACUGUUUAUACACGCGGCGGGGAUAUUAGUCUUCACAUCGGGGUUUUUGCUGUCGCGAUUGGUGCUGGAGGAGAAGUCGACGUGUGCGGAGCCGCCGACUGCUGUGCUUCCCAACGGGAACCUGCUCGGGAUCAAAGACUGGAAAGGCAGGGGGACACCGGACGGUGGUUGCUGGCACCCCAAGACGUUUUCAAAGGCCGUGGUUGUCUUGAUCGAUGCGCUGCGCUACGACUUUGUGGUCCCGGUGGACGACCAGGCCGAGUACCACAACGCGUUCCCUUUUAUGCAUCGGAUGGCAGUCGAGAAGCCCAACAAUGCCUUCUUGCGCCCCUUCAUCGCGGAUCCGCCUACGGCUACGCUCCAGAGGCUCAAGGGCCUCACCACAGGCACGCUGCCCACGUUCAUCGACCUCGGCAGCAAUUUCGGGGGUACUGCGAUAGAAGAGGACAACCUGCUCAUGCAGCUUCGUGAUGUGGGUCGCAAGAUUGUCCACCUUGGCGAUGAUACAUGGACGACGCUCUUUCCGGGCUACUUCGAGCCCAACAUCAGCCGGGCAUACGAUAGCUUUAACGUCUGGGACCUCCACACCGUGGACGCUGGAGUGCUGGAGCACAUAUUUCCCUUGAUGAAACCGGAGCGUAAAGGCGAAUGGGAUUUGGUGAUCGGGCAUCUCCUUGGUGUGGAUCAUGCUGGACACCGGUAUGGUCCAUCACACACUGCAAUGACGGCGAAGCUACAGCAGAUGGACUCCUUCAUUCAGAACCUCACGGCUACGAUUGAUGAUGAUACGCUGCUGGUUGUCAUGGGAGACCACGGGAUGGACAGUAAGGGUGACCACGGUGGCGAGAGCGACGAUGAGGUCGAGGCCGCGCUUUGGAUGUACUCUUCAAGGCCGGUAUUUGGGCGCACAAAUCCUGAGUAUUCGGCGCCACCUGCCACGGCCAAGGAAAGACCAGUGAACCAAAUCGACCUGGUGCCCACACUGGCUCUGCUCCUUGGCAUCCCGAUUCCCUACAAUAAUUUGGGCCAGCCCAUUGAGGAAGCAUUUGCCGGCAAGAAGGGCGAUGCCUUUGGAAGCCUUGCGGCCGCAUCCAGGGUAGCCGCAGCUGGCCUCAGGCGCUACCAGUCAUCGUAUUUCGCUGCCCGGGGUAUUGCCCAAGCCUCUGGGCCUGGGACGCCUGCUGAGGUUUGGUCCUCGGCCGAGGCGGCCAUAGCUACAGCCGGUGCCAAGAAAGACAAGCUGCAGCAUGCUUACUCACUUUUCGCGCAAUACCAGGCCGAGACCCUCGCAAUCUGCAAAGGACUUUGGGCCCGCUUCGACAUCCCUAGUAUGAUACUUGGGAUCCUAAACAUGGCCCUGGGCCUUAUGGCGCUUCUUUUAUACAUUGCAAGGGAUAGUGAUGAUACUGCCGGGUCCCCCGCUGUUGAAAACGAUGACCUGGACACUGCAGAACGAAAGUUGGAGCUCGAGGCUAUUGUCAAUAGGGAGAAAGAUCAGUCGGUCAGACAUUUACUCGAGAGGAAGCUGGUACAGUCUGCGUUGGUUGGAAGUCUGCCAGGGGCAGCAUUGGGUGUUGCCGCGCAAACUCUGAUGAAUUUGGGGUCCUGGAAAACCACUAUUGGGAUUACGGCAUUGACGAGCAUUAUUGCCGUCCUGGCAGCCUUAGUUGGCGUUGGGCGCAAGUCAUUCACGGCCCUUUUGCCAUCGUCGGUCUGGUCAUGGCUUUCGGUUGUCAUCGUCGUCAGCCAAUCGGCUGGAUUCGCCUCAAACUCUUAUACUAUCUGGGAAGACUCCAUCACCCUGUUUUUCCUCAGUACUUUCGGCACCCUUGCUGCGGUUUCGGCCUUCCGGCUGCCUGGACUGGCUGAGCGGACGCUCGGUGUAUACCACGGCGUGCUAUUCGUCCUCCUCACUAGGCUCGCAUCCUUUUCCAAGCUUUGUCGCGAGGAGCAGAUGCCGUACUGCAGGUCGACCUACUACGCUUCCGCUACCUCGUCAACCUCAGCCCCUUGGCAGCUCUUCAUUCCAUUGAUGGUGCUUGCAGUCCUCCCUACCGUCAUCAAGGCAUACAUGACGCCCACCAAAUCAUACGAAGGCCUAGCUCCAACGUGGAUUGGCUUGGUUCUCCGGAUCACACUCUUCUUGUCAUGCUUUUACUGGGCGCUUGACGCAGUUGACAACUCUGGCUGGCCUACCAUAUCGGCCAAGCUUCCUGAAGGCCUCCUCAAAUCGCUCUCUGUGUAUAUUGCGCAGUUGACGCUUGCAAUUGCUGUCAUUGCUGGCUCGACGGCCUUUGUCUGGGCCCCUCCAUCUGUAUCAAUCCUGACUGCAGCUGACCCUGCCAACCCUGGACGUGCCCAAAUCACUGUCCUCGGGUACGGCAACGCGCACGGCGCUCGAUACCUAAUCCUGCCGUUGAACAUUCUCUCUGCCCUAAUUAUAAUCACCAAGCCUGUCGGGCAAGGCGCACUGGCCAUAAUGAUGUGGCAGAUGUUGUCGCUUGCCGAGAUCAUAGACCUCAACAACAUAACACCGGCGACAAGCCCCAUCGGGCCCGCGAUCCUGGCCCUACUAGCCAGCUUCCAUUUCUUCAAGACUGGUCACCAAGGCGCUCUCAGCAGCAUACAAUGGGACGCGGCCUUUGUGCCGCUCUUCUCGAUCCGCUACCCUUGGAGCCCCUUGCUCGUCGCUCUUAACACGUUUGCCUCGCACUUCCUGGCGGCCGCCGGCCUACCGCUCCUGCUGCUGUGGAAGGUCAACCCCAAGAGGAAGGGCCUGUUGGGCCUCGUGAGCGCUCGGGUGCUAGCCGUCUUUGUCGUCUACUUUGCCGUUCAGUCGCUGGCCACCAUGGCGUGGGCCGCGCACCUCCGCCGCCACCUGAUGCUCUACCGCGUCUUCAGCCCCAGGUUCAUGAUGGCUGCCGCGGUCUUGCUGCUGGUGGACCUCGCCGUCAUCUUUGUCAGCUUGUUUGGCUUCAGGUCGAACACGCUCGCGAUUUCGGAGGUGUUUGGUUGGGCUGAGUAGAAAGAAAGAGUUCAUAUAUGUUUCUUGUUUUUUUUAGGGGGGGGGGGCGCACGAGGGAAGUGUCCCCCGCGGCAAAAGGGGGGACAAGAGAUAAAGAGGAUAAAGAGAGAAAAAUCAUUUUUGGCGUUUUACUCCCGAGACAUGGGUUAAAAAAUCGGAGUGUAUAAAAAGAAAACCAUAGAAUAGACAUAUUAAAUUCCAUCCCUUUUGUGAAAGUCAC